AAUUUGAAGAUGAACAUGUGGGACUGAUAUCCUUCAGAGGAUUCUUUCUCUCAGCAGCAGCAACAACACUGCAUAGUCUCGUGUUGGACGUUAUUCAAUUAGCAAGUUCUUUUAUUCGCUGCAAGCGAUGUACUUCUUUCACAAGUCUCAGCAAUACCUUGAGCUGAACUAUAAUCGAAUUUACGAUGUGUUUCAUUGGUUUCUGAAAAUUACCCUGCUUCGCAUAUUUGACGAUGACUUCCUGGUGGCACCGAUUCCAACUAUGGUGUUUCAUUUCUAUACGUCGGAAAUUGUCAUUUGUCUAGUUUUCGUCCUGCUACAUGCAUUGUCCUAUCGCAACGAUCUGGAUGCGGUUAUUCUGAGCGUAUCGGCAUUUGUGAGCGCGUUUGAGUUGUUCCUCAAAAUCAACGGUAUGGUAUACCGGCGGAAGGAGAUCACUCAGAUGAUCCGCACGGUACUGAACGAUCGAAGCUAUCUCAACGGACCAAUGGAGGCCGCUAUCUGUGCGAAGUAUCAGCGUUUAGCAAGGAAGCUACUGUUCAUUACGAUCGUGUCGUAUAUUAGUACGGCCAUAAUGUUGCUGAUCUAUCCAUUGCUGGUUGGAGGCAUCGGUGAACGUAUACUGCCAGUGGGUUUUUCAUUACCGCUGGUGGACUAUCAUAAGAAUCCAUGGUACUUAAUCAACUUUGUGCUCCAGAUUGUGCAAGUAAACUGGGUCGCGCUGGUGUUUAUUGGACUGGAUGGACCAUUUUAUUUGUUUGUAUGCUACUCGGCCUCGCAGCUAGAGAUACUGAUCGUGUAUCUUCGUCAGAUUGGUGAAAAUCCCGAUAACGUAGCAGACCAAAGGCGAUUGAUACGGAAGGUGUUUGAUAUUCAUUCCGGACUUUCAAAAUUUCUAGCAAGCUGCUCUAAGAUAUACCGGGAAGUUUACCUGAUGCAAGUGCUCUGUUCGAUCGUACACAUCUGUGUGUCACUGUUUCACAUCCAGAUUAAGUUCAAAAACGGUUCCUAUGGUAUGCUGCUGACCAAUGUCAACAAGGUGUGGCUGUUCUGCUACUGUGGCGAGCUGGUCGUAAGCAAGGCGGCCGACUUUAGCACCGCCGUGUACGCUAACCAGUGGUAUCAGCUGUGGAAUCGUCGUGAUCUUCAGGAUGUGCUGUUCAUGCUACGGAAUGCUCAACGCAACUAUGGCUUCAGUGUGGGCGGGUUCGGAUUUUUAUCGUUUGCCACGUUCACUGCGAUCAUGAAAACUGCUUACAGCUGUAAUGCAUUCCUGCACAGAGUGAUGAACUAAACCGCACCGGGGGCGCUCACGUUCCAACGUUCCAAGUCUACAGGGCACAAUCAAUGCUUAACUACUUGUUGGUAAGUACACCGGGCAUUCAUUUCCCCCAUUCGUUUUUUGUUUCUCGUUACCCAUCAUACUGUUGGAAAGUUCACUGCUGAAAUUUCAACCAAACUGCCUAAACACUCGCACCCAUUGCUAAAAUAAAGCGAUUUGCAUAACAACCGGAAAUUAUAUCUUGCCCAAAACCAUCCCGGUUCUUUCCAUUUUUCUUUGUGGAAAGAAAACUUUCGACAAGGAGGAAAGGAAAAUGUAAAUUUUUGGGGCGAAAAAUAAUUUUUGCAAGACAAACUACAGCUCGAGCCCAAUAUGCUUGACACACUUCUGUGAGGUAAAACUUGAAAAUACGUGAUAAUGAGUUCGUCCGUCGGGUAAGAUAAUCUGGUAAGGUAAAGCGGAAGCCAUCUAAUUCGACACCAUUGACACAUGGUCGUUAAAAUUCGGUACCAAACACUAAUCGUACCUUUGCUGACGUCACGAACAAAUUUAUCGGGUGCUAUAACGUUUAGUUUAGCGUGUUUUUGUUUGUCUUUCCUUCAAACAUAUCUUUCGGUCGAUCUUCUUAUGGAUGGAUUUUUGUACAUUUUGUGUUUGGUUUGUUUAUUAAUCGACCCACCAUUAAGUUGCCUUCGCUUGUGGGCUUAUUAUGCAUUAUGUCAACCAACAAAGGCACCAUUAGAUUGUGAACCACAAAGAGUGUGACUUUGGGUAAACUUUUUAUUGCUAGCGGUAGCAGCACUAGCAAAAAUAUAUGUUCAAACAUUUUUCAAUUUCAAUCAUCAUGAGGAGUAAUUUGUCUUCCGCGGUAGCGGUACCCACCGUGGAGUGUGGAAAUGCGGAGAAAGAGAGAGAGAAAAAAAAUCGUUCACUAGAAAAUAAAUAAAUCGUACCCAGGAGAUGCUAAUCGGUACGCGCGCGCGACGCCACAGCAGCAGGGUGGAGUGUUUUCUUUUACUUCCGAUUCUUUCUUUUGCAACUUUUCAUUCAUUCCAAGGCAAUAUUCCAAGGCAUCUCACAGCAAAGCUUCCGAUGGCCGUGCACACACUGGGCGCCUCCAUUAAAAUUUACUUACCGUAACGGCGGCGUAGUACACAUCUCGCCCCGGAACAGGUUUUGUGUGUACCGGGCGGAUCGAUCCAUUACUCUGCACAAACAGAAAGUGAGAAUCGUGAAAUGAGA